GGUUCGGUGACAAUCGCGCACUCACAAUCGUGUGUUAGGGAUCACUGGCUGGUCAGUGACUUCAUCUCUGCCAGUCUGUCUGUCAGUCAUCUCCUUUGUUCCUGGAUGGAGGGGCCAUCCGUCUGGAUGUGAAUGCAGCACUGCGAGAACUCGGGAAUGUUCUAAAUCUCAUUUUCGCUUCUAAGUGGAUGAUUUUAGUUACUCAUGCAGCUGUUGCUCUUCUGCGUAAUUUGUCGCAGGCUUUCAGGAGAGGAUUAAACCACUUUUAAUAAGUUAGAGUUUAAAUGUAAUGCAGCAGCACAGAAGGGAGUUUGUGUUAUAGAGUGACGCUGCUGCUGCUUUGUUUUGUUUUCCUGUUGACCAGCAUGGACAUACACCGGUUGCAAGCGCUGCGUUACUGCCUUCCUCAGAGUGUCAGUGACUCGGGAUUGUUUUACAGCCACAUCGCUGCCAGUGAACAGAGUAUCUGCCAGGCGCGGGCCUCUGUGAUGGUCUACGAUGAUGCCAGUAAGAAAUGGGUGCCCAUCAAGCCUGGGCAACAGGGCUUCAGCCGAAUCAACAUCUACCACAAUACUGCCAACAACACCUUCAGAGUGGUGGGCGUUAAACUGCAGGACCAGCAGGUGGUGAUCAACUAUUCCAUAGUGAAGGGCCUAAAGUACAAUCAGGCCACCCCGACCUUCCAUCAGUGGCGUGAUGCCCGGCAGGUCUACGGGCUGAACUUUGCCAGUAAGGAGGAGGCCACCACCUUCUCCAACGCCAUGCUGUUCGCCCUCAACGUCCUCAGCUCACCUGACAGCGGAGGCCCAGUCGUUCAGCGCCAAAAUGGGCCCUCCUCAGACGAAAACGAAGCACAGAGGAGGAUGAUGGAGCAACAUCAGAUGCACAAGGAGAGGGAGCGACGGACGUCAGGAUCAGUCGUUUCCACUCUCCAAUAUAAAGUGUCCACCCCUCCCAUCCACCCAGACACUCCUCCCGAGUACAGACAUUACAGAGCUAGCACACUGCCACCCUCCUACGUCCGCGUGGCAUCCUCCUCUCCUCCCACCUCCGCCUCCAUGUCUCCCUCUCAGGAGAAGGAGGCGGGGGCCGCUAGGGACAAGGCCCAGCUCUCCUCCCAGCUCUCCACCUCGCUCGCAUCAGCCUUUUCCCCAGUCCAGGCAGGAGUGACCACCCAGGGCCGACAGGUCCGUCAGAUCCCCCUAUCUCCACCCACCGCAGCCCGCCACCUUCACCUUCAACAGCAACAACAGCAACAAGACACCAUGCUCCCCCCUAAACACGGCACCUGGUCUGCUUCACACAUGCAGCAAAUGUACGCCCAGUUCCCCCAGUCCUCAUCCCCCCCAGUAAUGAUGGCCAUGCCGGUGAAGCAGGGUUUGCCCCCGCAGCCGGUCCUCCCGGUGGCUCACCCCCUCCCACCUGUAAGCACUAGGAUGAAGCCCCCACCUCUCGAUCCCAAUACCGUUACAGCCCCUCACCAAUACCCUCAGCACCACCCCCACCCUCACUCCAACGGCCAGCCAGACGAUUCCUACUCCCCUCAUUCUCAGCACCUGCCACUCACACCACAGUACUGCGAGGCCAUCCCACUGCCCCCUCUCACAAGUCAGACACCCCCAGGCCCUCCCCCCAGCCACCAGCCCCAGUACCCAUCCACUUUCCACCCACAGCAGCAGCAACAACAACAACAACAACAACAACAGCAACAGCAGCAGCAGGUGUACCACCAGCAGGCCCAGCCCCCUACCACCACCAUCACCUCUUCCUCCUCCUCCUCCUCGCCCCCCUCUUACACUGCCAUGUCUGACGGGGGCUCGCCCAAGAAGACCCCCUCCCCUGUCCCCCAGCCAACCCCCAUGACCAGCAGCACUGCAGCUCCAGCACCUAUGGCUGGUCCUCCAGCCCCACCACCACCACCUGGUCCACCACCCCCGAUGGCCGUGCCGCCACCCAUGCCGCCUCCAUUACCCGCUGGUGGAGGGCCUCCUGGUGGCCCACCUGGGGUCCAACACCAACCCUCAGGACUGGCUGCAGCGCUGGCUGGAGCCAAGCUACGUAAAGUGCAUAGGGAUGAGAGCAGCCCUCCUGGUUCUAGUGGCAAAAGUGACUCCAACCGGUCUAGCGGUGGCAGUGGCGGCGGAGGGGAGGGACUGAUGCAGGAGAUGAAUGCCUUACUAGCACGCAGACGAAAAGCUUCUGAGAAACCUGAUGAAGAUGACUCAGGUGGUCGGGGAUCAGGUCAGCAGAACUCAACAGAUGCUGUGAAGAAGCCAUGGGAGAGAUCCAACUCUGCAGAAAAGUCCUCACUGGUGUCCAGAGUGAGGCCCAUCGGCAGCACUAGUGAAGCAGACACAGAGUUUGACAGGAUGAAACAGGAGAUUUUGGACGAAGUCGUGCGCGAGUUGCAUAAAGUGAAAGACGAGAUCAUUAACGCCAUCAGACAAGAAAUCGGCAGAAUCAGUACAUCCUAAUCUCAUCCGAGCGUACAGAUGGAAGAGGAGGAGCAGGAGGAGGAGAGCGACGGAGGAGCUGGAGGAGGACGG